GUUGUAGGGCAGUCGCGGCAUGCCUGGUGUUCCGGGGACUACAGGGCAACCGGGUCGAGCCGGCGGGAGAGGCGCGAUCGGCCACCCUGGACCAAUGGGAGACGUGGGUCCCCAUGGGCCGAAGGGGGACAAGGGGUUGGCUGGUUUUGAUGGCGUCAUGGGACCAAGGGGCUUUAGAGGUCCGGUGGGAGUACCUGGGGUGCCAGGCAAGAAUGGUAAAACGGGAGAGACUGGUCCCCCGGGAGAGGAUGGCAUGCGCGGACUUCCUGGAUGUGACGGACUGCACGGAGUCAGUGGGGAGCCAGGGUCACCUGGUGUUCCAGGAUCUAUGGGUCCGAGGGGUCCUCCGGGUGUUAGUGUGCCGGGUGUCCGAGGUCCCCCGGGCCUGCCCGGCCUCCCAGGGAACUACACCCCAGACGGAGCACCUGCCCUCGUCAACAUGAUAACGAAGAUUGCCAAAGGCCUGAAAGGUGAAAAAGGCGAGCGUGGAUUGAGAGGGCCUUACGGAUUCCCAGGGCUCCGCCUCCCAGCAGUAAAAGGGUCCAGAGGUCUCCCCGGGCCACGUGGGUACGCAGGGAAAGACGGCCUCCCUGGGCCCCCGGGCUCUCCAGGCAUACCCGGGACACCAGGGGGGUCUGGCUCUGUAAGGGGCUUACUCGGACCCCGGGGAGAGAAAGGGUCCAUAGGCACCCCAGGACGUGACGGCCUCCCCGGGCUACAUGGCCCUAAAGGCAGCUAUGGGGUCGGGCUCCCUGGCAGUAAAGGUUCAAAGGGAGAGGAAGGGAUGGUCGGUAUGCCAGGACGCUCGGGUCGGGAUUGUCCACCAGGGGCGGCGCUACCAGGGCUCCCAGGGAUGUCAGGACCCCCCGGGCCACGAGGGCUGUCAGUUAAAGGCGAAAAGGGCUAUCACGGAACAAUUGGGCCGUCAGGAAAGCGAGGCCGGAAGGGUGUGGCCGGGAAACCGGGGCCUGUUGGUGAAAAAGGGGAACGCGGGUAUUCCGGUCCUCCAGGUCCCCCGGGAGGAGCGGUCACGGAGGCAGGAACUGUAGUAGGGCCAAUGGGACCCCCUGGGCAGAAGGGGGAACAAGGGGAGGGCGUGAGAGGUCAAACAGGUCCUAGAGGAUUCCCGGGGAUGAGUGGCGAGCCUGGGAGGGACGGGCUACCCGGUCUGGACGGUGAGGAUGGACUGCCGGGAUCCCCCGGAACUCCUGGAGAGGGACUUCCGGGUAUGCGAGGCACGAAGGGAAUGUUUGGGACUCCGGGGCUGCCGGGGGAGAUGGGGUUCCCAGGAGAGAAGGGGGAAAGCGGAAUUGCGGGACCCCCGGGUCGGCCUGGCCCACAAGGCCUGCAAGGUCAAGGUCUCCCCGGGCUAGACGGUCUCAAUGGCGUCAAGGGGAGCAAGGGGACGCCGGGUAGGGAGGGUUACCCUGGAGAACCGGGCGCCCCGGGGGAGAGAGGAGUGAAGGGGGAGUCCGGUUUAUCCUCCGAUGGGAUCAAGGGCGAGAAGGGAGCCCCUGGUGAAGGUCUGAACGGGAGGGACGGGGCGGAGGGACCCCCUGGAGUCAAGGGGGGGAAGGGAGCUGCAGGUCUGCCCGGAGAGCCAGGGAGGGACGGGAAACCAGGGAGACCCGCAUCAGAUGCUGACAGUAUACCGGGGAUCAAAGGUGAAAGGGGCUUAACUGGGCUGGACGGCGAGAGGGGUUACCCUGGAUCAGACGGUCCCCAGGGACCACAAGGGGUGUCUGGGGAGAAGGGGGAACUAGGUCUGCAGGGUCUACCAGGGCUAGACGGUCUGGAUGGACAGAUCGGCCCUCCUGGGGCUAAUGGUCUUAACGGCGAGCCUGGGGCCCCGGGGUGGGAUGGGGACAAGGGCGAGGCAGGGGAACCAGGACCCCGGGGCUACCCAGGGGAGAUGGGAAUGCCGGGAGAACAGGGGUAUGGAGCGGAGGGACCUAGAGGAGAGAAGGGGGAACCCGGAGAAGUCGCCCGCGGGUUGCAGGGGGAGAGAGGCGAACCUGGCCCCCUGGGUCAGACUGGAUUGCCAGGCCUCCGGGGCCUGCCUGGGGGUGACGGCCAGAAAGGAGAGCGGGGACAGCCCGGUUUUGGGAUGAAAGGCUUCAAAGGCGACAAGGGCAUGGUCGGGAUGGGCAUGCCUGGCCCCCGGGGAGAGAGAGGUGACCCUGGAAUUAAGGGUGAAGUCGGCCCAGAAGGACCCCCGGGACCAGCCGGUUUUGGAGAACAGGGAGAGAAGGGUGAGGCAGGGGUCGGGAUUCCGGGGCCCACGGGAUCCAAGGGGGAGAGGGGAGAAGGACUACCGGGAUCCAGAGGAACACCAGGUCUAGCCGGACCCUCAGCGUACAUCUACGUCCGUCACAGCCAGGAUCAGCGCAAACCACCCUGCGUGUCCUGGCACCCCUCACUGUGGACCGGGUACAGCAUCCUCCACACCGAGGAUGAGGGGCGGGCUCACUCCCAGGAUCUCGGUCUGGGUGGUUCCUGUGUCAGCCGAUUCAGCCCAAUGCCCAUCCUCUUUUGCAACAUCCAUAACGUCUGCAACUACGCCAGCCGCACAGCUACCAGCUACUGGCUGUCCACAGGGGAGGUAAUCCCCAUGAUGCCUGUAGAGGGAGCUGCAAUGCUGACGUAUAUCAGCCGGUGUACAGUUUGCCAGGCCCCCGCGCCAGUCAUAGCAGUUCACAGUCAGACGCCCCAGAAUCCCGACUGCCCGCAGAACUGGGAGGAACUGUGGACUGGGUACAGCUUUGUCAUGCAUGCCGUUGGAUCAAUGAGCGGAGGACAACCACUAGCAAGUCCGGGAAGCUGUUUGGAGUCUUUUUCAACAAACCCAUUUAUAGAAUGCACAAGCUCCGGACAGUGCCACUACUUCUCCGACAAAUUUAGCUUCUGGUUGGCUACAGUACCGGACAGAAAUAACUUCACCCCUGCUCAGGAGACGUUAAAAGCCGGACAACAUCUCUCUCGUAUCAGUCGAUGUAAAGUCUGCAUGCUGACUGUGUCGGUAUGAGAAUCUAUAAUACCUUGCCUUUGAAUCUAGCGACGUUGUUACAUCAUUAUUUGCAGGUAAAGAUAAAGAGGGGGAAAUAGGUUUAUAUAUGGAGAAUGUAAACGGACUUUGCGUCCAUAACCAUAUCUGUACAUUCUCAUAGUCUCAGCUGGUGCUAACCUUUGUUAUCGGGUAUUUUUAAGUUGUUUUCUUUCAAAUAGAACAUGUGUUGUUUUAAGAAUAUGAAAGUGUUCUUUAACUUCUUUUGAGUAGUAUAUAUUAACGACGGACGCUUGCUCUGUUUGACUAAAACGACAUAUUUGUACAAGACGAUGACCCGGCCUGUGUAUAUCUCAUAUACAUAGUGUGACAUGACCGUCCUGUAACCAAUAAGGGAUUAUUCCUGACAGACAUUCACUCCGACAACACUGACAAAACCAAACAUAUGUGCAGAGAUGUGUGUAGCCUUCGAAUAAUCCUUUUCACAGUACUCUGAGUUGGGCAUAAGCUGUAAUGUUUGUGAGAAGUGUGAGUAGGAGUGAGAAGCUUCUUGUCACCUCCAUCACGAGACAGUGAACACUCGUGAAGACCUUUGGGAUAUUCAUGCGUUUAACCACACGCCCUCACGGUCAUCCAAACACUGGAAGCUGUCAACGGAACAAUAAGCCUAUUUCUCCAGACUCUUUGAAAGAAGUCUCCUUUUCUGCCAAAGCAGCUGAACAGUAUGAGAAAAUUGUGUCCAUGAAUUCAGAAGGAUGUUCUCAUAUUUUAACAUUUUCAAUAACAAUUAUUUGUUUAUCGAAUCAGCAUAAUAUUUUGUUCGGAAGCAACUUGGUACAUGUAUUCAAAAGGCUACUCCUAUGGCAUCUUGUGCUUGAGAUGAAUCCCACGGAAAUAUAGCUACAUCUGUCAUGCAACUGUCAAUGAUGCAUGCAUCGUCGCUUUAAGACCACGUGAAGAGGCACUGUGCCACUGUGUGGCCCGGCAUGGAGUGAGUGAAAGAACAAUAGUCCAAUCAAGUCCCGGCGUGUCAGCUUGACGUGGGAGGAAAGCCCGCUGUGACGCAGGUCUUAUCACUCAGGGGACAAAAACACGAGAACGGCUAUAGUGCUGACAGGCUGAGAAUCAUAAUCGGGGCAAACCGGGAUUCGAAACCACGAUCAUAGGUUACUGGUAUGCCCAAGGGAAGCAACUCUGCACAGCGAAUUGCGGCGACUCGGCGACUGCUCCAACUCCCCCACCAUCGUCUUGCCCCCGCACGGCGUGAAACGUGUUUCAAGUAAGGUCUAUACUGGAUAUUGGCUAGAGAAGUCGGCGGAAUGCCAGAACGAAGUGUUCAACGUUGUCGAGCUAACAGAAUGUAUGGUAUCCUGUCUUAUGGGGUUAUAAUGUGUAUAUUUAUAUUCUUCUUUGUAUAUAACUGCAGUAGUUAUUAUUCACGACUUGUAUUUAGGUUUAUGAAUCGUGACAUAUAUAUGUUAAAUUUGAAAGGGUUUAGUACCCAUGUCUACUAAAAUACAUCGGCAUCUAUUAUUCAUUACAUAUAACGUUUUAUUUACACACGCAAAAACACAGUAAUGGUUCAUCAAAUGCGAAAUAAACAAUGCGUAUUUA